GUGUUUAACUAACAAUAUAAUGUAUGAUAUUAUGAGUUAACUUUUGAUAACAGCACCGGUGGUGUAAUGUCGCCCUCUGCUGUUUCACUUUGGUAAUGAGCAUAACUGAUAGAAAAUGCCGCGCUCUGAUUGGUUGAUUCCCCCGCUCUCUCUUUAGCGAUGCUGUCUUUAAAGGCUGUUGGAAAUAUGAGAAUUUGUACUUGAACGCACUUUAAAAGGUCAAUAAAAAGGGGAAAUGCAGACUGGAAAGCCUUGAUUUUCUGGUAGUAGUGAGUGAGUAGAGUCUUUUGGGCAUUUAUGAGGUGACUACACAGAAUAGUUGUUAAUAUUUGUUGAUUAAAGUGUUGAAUUUGUAUUAUUUGGGACUUUUUUUUAUAAUUUUAUGCAAUUGGUUGAUAUUCUGCAUUUCUGUAGUUCGUUUUUAUUACAUACUCUAAGUGUGUUAAAAUAAAUGUAAUAAUAAUAUCACUUUAAUGCGAAAAAUGAUAGCGUUUAUGUAAUUUCCCACUUUCUAUGCAUAAGCUUAUGGAGAGCACUUGAAUGCAGCAUCAGUGUCUAUCAUUUCACUUCCCCUCAAGCAUCCCCACACGACACAGGGUCUCACAGGCGACAGUGGCAUUGCAUGCGUGUGUGAACAACAUUAGACACCAUGACCAUUAGAAACGCUCUCCGGGAUCAUGGACAGAGGUAUCGACCACGGAUGGCUUGCCUCAGGAAGGCGGAGAAGGUGCUGCUGGAGAUGCAGGACCCCAAAACAGGAGUGAAGUCGCAGCCUCAGAGACUGGUUAUCACAACGAUACCACACGCCAUCACUGGCGAAGACAUAAUUGCGUGGUUAGCGGACAGAUUGCAAAUAGACGCACAAGAGGCGAGGAGUUUCGGCUCUAUGCUGGUGGCGUUAGGAUACAUCUACCCUCUACAAGACCACAAACGCUUAGUGAUCAAACCAGAUGCAUCCCUCUAUCGCUUCCAGACGCCGUACUUCUGGCCCACACAGCAGUGGCCUGUUGAGGAUACAGAUUAUGCAAUCUACCUGGCGAAGAGAAACAUACGCAAGAAAGGAAUCCUAGAGAUGCAUGAGCAGGAGCAUUAUAACCGUCUUCACAAGUGGAUGAAUCAUAAAUGGGAUUUCAUAGUGAUGCAGGCUAAAGAACAGUACAGGGCUGCGAAGGAGCGGAAGAAACCGGACCGUGUGGUGUUUGACUGCCAGGAGAGAGCGUACUGGGUGGUUCACAGACCUCCGCCAGGGACAGUGAGCGCCAUGGACUACGGACUGGAUCGACUAAUAGAUCCUAACGAAGACGAGGCCAAUACACCCGACUUCUACGAGAGAAUCAUGAUCUUCACCCAGCAGUCCAUCAUGAGGCCCAGAGUGAAGUCAUCGGUGUCCAUUGGCGCGUUAGUGAAGUACAGCGCCACCUAUCACAGCCACGACCCGUUCCUCGCCGGGUGUCUUCCCAGCAACCCCUGGGUCACCGAUGACGUCACGUACUGGACCUUGAACAUGCCCACUGUGGAAAUACCAACUAAGAUGCGUGUGGAGAGGUGGACGUUCAGCUUCGCAGAGCUGCUCUCAGACCCUCGAGGACGAGAUGAUUUCAGACUCUUCCUGAAGAAAGAGUUCAGCGGUGAGAACUUGGCAUUCUGGGAGGGUUGUGAAGAUCUGAAGUGGGGCGAAGCUGCGACGAUGAGAGAGAAAGCACAGCACAUCUACAAGACAUUCCUGGCGCGCGGCGCACCGCGGUGGAUCAACAUCGACGGAAAGACGAUGGAAGUCACUGUGAAGGGCCUGAAGCACCCGCACAGAUACGUCCUGGACCCAGCCCAAACUCACAUCUACAUGCUCAUGAAGAAGGACUCGUACGGCCGGUACCAGAAAUCCCCGGUGUUUAAGGAUACGGUGAAGAAGGCCAUCUCUCCUGAUGAGCACCGUUUCAGUGAUGCCCAGUUGGAGCAGAAUGCAAAGAAGCGGCGGCCCAGCCUCAGCCCCAUCAUCCUCCGGCAGAUGGAGCAGGAGCAGAAGGCCAAGAUGGCAGCCAACGUCGACAUCACACAGGUCAUGAGCAAACUCAGCAAGCAGGGCAAGGAGGCGCCCCCUCCUCCUCCUCCUCCUCGUCCUACUAAGAAAUGAACACAAACAGGGUUUUUAGUGAAAAUUAUUUAGUGGAAUCAUUUAAAUAGACGCUGCAGGUUAUUGAUAAUGUUUACAUUUGAAUGCAAUUUAAUUUAAUUUUAAAGCUGCUAUAAUCAAUAUUUUUAUGAUAACAAUGGAUCAAAUGUUUAAUGUGAAGGGGGAAUUAUAACCUCACUGCAGGGAGCUUUAUAGUUCAGCUCGUUGUUUUGGUUUUACAGCCCACAACUUUUCUGUUUUGGUUCACUCUCAUCGCUCUUAUAGCGUAGUAUUUGGCGACUAAAAAUCCCCUGUACACAACCUGCUCAGCACCAAACUGUGGACAGAUACAGUUAGCAGUUAUCUGGUGAACAUAAUGGAGCUUUUAGCAGCUAAAGACCCAGAUAUUAAGUUGGUGGAGACCAAAAACAGAGCUUAAAGGAGAGUGAAUAUUGGAGCUACGUUCAGAAAAAUGACUCCAAAUGAAAGCUAGUGUUGCUUCGUGUCUGCUGGAUGUGUAAAUAAGCAACUUGUUUGCCAACAAGUUCGUCAUAUCAACUUCAAAGGGUGAUAAUAUGUCAAUGUUGUGUUCAGCUUGUUUCCACUGCCCCAUAAGAGGCGGAAAACUGCAGGUUUCAUGAUAUUCAAACAUCCACUGACUAAUGUCAAAGAAUCACAGAUCAGAUCUAUUCCCAAUGUGACGUUCAGUGUGGAGAAACUCUUAGGUGGUGGUUGUUUCAGCCUCAAAAUGCCACAAAAAUUGGUCUACAUUAUCCAAACCCCCACCCUGCGAACCCAGGGCUCAACUAUAAGGAUUGCCCACUUGCCAAGGGCAAUUAAAAUGCCACUUCGGGCUAGUACAUCUAGCAGCUCACUUGCCCGAUUGGGCAAGCAAGUAGGAUAGGAUGAACUUUAUUAAUCCCCAAAGGGGAAACCGGUUUGCAACCAUGCACAAAGUAGUAAAAAAUAAUUAAACAUGGAGCUGAUGAUGGAAGUAGCUACGGAGUGAGCCAUCUCACUUCCUUCUCAUGUUUGUUGUGAGUUGAACAUGUGCAGUACCGAUUGUUAUUUGAUAACCGCUAAUAAAUAAAACAACUUGAAUAGGGGCAAGUAAAAAUUUUAUUUGGGCAAGUUGAUUAAUGAAACUCAUUAACAUUGAACCCUGAAACCGCUGUCGUAUUAUUAACUAUUAACUAAAAAGUUACGUGCAGUACUGAAAAAAUGCUUUUGCAAUUUAGUUGCAUGGUAUUAAAGCCAGUGUUAAAUAUGCACAUUAACUAAUAUGAGACUAUUUUAAAGGGUCAGCUCACCCAACAUUUCUCCACUUACCUGUCAUGUUAUCCAGCCCUGCACAUGUGAGACUUUUGGGGUGUUUAUCCACUACAAUUUAAAUGUAUUUACCUGGAAAAUGUCACAUAAAACCGCUAUGAGAGGUCUGUGAAUUGGGUGAACUGAGACUUUAAACACAAACUAAAUUACUCACAUGUCUGUGACACGUUGAGAACUGACUACGGGCAUAACACAACCAGCCAUCUGUUCCAUUUCUGUCCAUACAAGCUGUAACUGUUUGUCAUGUUGUUUCUCAUGAUACACGUGUUGUGUACUGUCCAUCUUCACUCAUACAGUGUUCUGUAUUUUCUUUGUCAUCAGUCAUGAGUUAAUAAAACACCCACAAACCAC